AUGGCCGCAAUGAAAGCGGCCGCCGAUGCGGGGGCGACGACAUGGUCCACCGCGACGUUUUACGGCAACGGACCCCCCGGCAAGAUGGGAGCUGGGUUCGAUAACCUCCGUCUCAUUGGACGUUUCUUCAAGACGUACCCAGAUUACGUGGGCAAGAUUCAGCUUGUCGUGAAAGGCGGCAUCGGGCCGGGAAUGGACAUUACGUCUGACCUCGAGUUGAACCGCUCCCUCCUCUCGUAUGCGAGGGAAUGCCUGGGCGUCCCGAUCGACGUGUAUCUCCCCGCCCGGAUCCGGCCUGGGGCCGACCCCGUCUUGUUCUUCCGCGACUUUGACACACUUCGGAAGGAGGGGCUCUUCCAUGCUCUCGGCGCCUCUGAAGUCUGUGCCCCAACUCUGGACAAGGUUACGGCGGCGGGGAUCGUCAUCUCGGUCGUUGAGAUCGAAGUAUCCCUCUGGAGCUGGGACGAGGACGUGCGUGCCGUCGUCGAAUGGUCUACGGCCAACAAAAUUCCGAUCUAUGCCUAUUCGCCGCUGGGAAGAGGAUUCAUCACGCGUACGUGGAAAACGCCAGAGGACGUGCCACCCGAGAGCUUCCAGGGCCAUAGUCCCCGGUUCCAGGGGGACAACUUCUACAAGAACCUCCAACUUGUCGAUGUGCUCGAUUCGAUGGCUGAGAAGCGCGGGCUGAGUACGGCCCAGUUGGCUAUUGCCUGGGUCUGCGCAACGGGGCCAUAUGUUGUGCCUAUUCCCGGAAGCAAGAACCCCGACCGCGCGAGGGAGAACACCGAGGCUGCCAACAUCAAACUUAGCAAAGAGGAGAUGGCGCAGAUCGACGAGAUUAUGCGCCAGUUCCCCCCCGUUGGGGGGAGGUAUCCCGAGUCUCACAGCGCCGCGCUCAUGCUGUAG